AUGGAAAAAUCGUGCCCGUUCGAAGAUACCCGUGAGAUGGAUGGUGCUGCCAGUCUAUCGCAGUCUCAUGAGACUCAUGACUCCAAAGACGGUGUCAUGGAUCCUCGGAAUCCGCAGAAUUGGAGCUUCACGCGCAAGACUCUGCUCUUCGUCUCGCUCAUGUCGAGCUCGCUCCUGGCCGAUGGCGCAAUGGUCUGGGGCUCGACGCUGGUCACACAGCAGGCCAUGGACUGGAAAAUUACCGUUGAACACUCGGCCACGAGCAUGAACUGGGGCAUUCUGCUGCAGGGCUUUGGGGGUAUCUUGGCUGUCCCGCUCAUCGAAGCCUAUGGCCGUUAUCCCGUCUGGCUCUGGCCACAGGUAAUCACGAUGUUCAUGGUGUUGGGCGCCACCCUCUCCAACGACUACUCGACCUUUACGGUCUUUCGUUCGCUGCAGGGCCUAUUCGGUACCGUGCCGCAGGUGAUCGGGCUGCCUAUUAUCCAUGACAUGUAUAGCCCGCAUGAAUGGCCACGUAUGAUCAACAUCUGGGGCACCACAUUCCUGGUCGGUCCGUUCCUUGGGCCUGCAAUCGCAGGUUAUAUCGGCGCGGGCACAAAUUGGCGCGACUCCUUCGGUGUUCUGACUGCCAUUUAUGGCGUGUCGACAUUCAUGGUUCUCGCUUUUGGCCGAGAGACAUACUAUGCACCGGACAAGACGCCGGCUUCGCGACUCGGAGCGUACUUUGGCAUUGGAAACACCAAGCUGCCCAAACUGGCAACGCUGGGAUUCUGGUGUCAGAAACUCGUCGUCUAUGUGUUCAAGUUUCCGCUGUUGAUGACGGGUUUUGCCGUCCUGGUGACGUUCACCUGGCCAAUUGGCAUCACGACGACCAUCGACUCGUUCCUGCACAGUCCACCCUAUCUCUUCGAUACGAUCGAGGCGUCAUCUAUGCGAUUUGCCGGUGUUAUCGGUGCACUCUGUGGCUGGGCCUUCGGUCACUUCUUCAAUGAAUGGAUCUACCGCCGCCACAGUGCCAACUGGAGAACCGAGCUCCGUCUGCACGGCGUGUGGUUCCCCAUCGGCAGCAUGGCCUGCGGUCUGCUCACCUAUGGCCUGACAAUGAACUUUGACAAGCACUGGAUUGGACUAGCCUUUGGCUGGAUCAUGGUGAACAUCGGCAUGGUUGCCACGAUUGUAGCAAUCACGGCGUACGUGCUAGAGAAGUACCCCGAUCAGUCAACCUGCGUGUCCGCCAUCCUAAACAUGUGGCGCACCUGCGGUGGCUUCGCAGUGGGAUACUUCCAGCCUGAAUGGAUUGUGCGCAAUGGCAUCGGCCUGGUGUUUGGAAUCCAGGCCAUCGUCGUCUGCACUGCGGUUGUCCUGACCAUCACGCCGGUGUUGGUGCGUGAGCGACGCAAGCAGCCACAGGGUUCUGGCGCCGCAUGA